AGACUCUGAACGUCUCUUCAUGUAGCUCCGUCCCGAAGGAGCCACGCCACACCGCAGCCAAGCCAACCCUCCGCGGGAAUGACCAUGCCGAAACUAAAUCCAAAUCAGAGAGAAAAAGCAAUGCAAAUAGCGAUCUCUUGCACAGGGUUCAGCUCUCUUCUCCAGCCUCCUACCGGUCCCUCCCGGUCCAACUCAGCAUCCUCGGUCAGCCAUGACAAACCUACAGCACGCAAUUGAGUCCGCAGCCGCGCUCGCGGCUAACGGGAAUAUUCCUGAGGGCCAGCGUAUAGCUCUUAUCGAGGCUGCGACGAAGCUCAUCACUGCGCUGCAGAAGCCCGAAGAUGCGAUCACCAAGCUUACAUACUGGCCAUCGCAAUUCAUGUGCAUGAGGACAUUGCUUGAGCUCGGCGUCUUCAGCCUCAUCGUGGAAAGGGGCAAUGUGACUUCCGCAGAGCUGGCCGAAGCCACGAAUGCGGACAAAAUCCUACUAGAGCGACUGCUCCGUGUCCUGACCGCCGCUGGAUACGUCGCGGAACCAGAUGUAUCCACCUACGCUGCCAACGCGCUCACGAAGGCGCUCGCUACGAGGCCCGUCGCUGGACUCGUCGAAGCAAUCUUCGACGGCGGCAUGAAGUCCUUCGCAAGCCUUCCGGAGUACCUCGAGAAAACCGGCUACAAGAACCCCUCUGAGCAAGCCGACGGGCCCUUCCAAUACGGCUUCAACACUCCCAAGGUCGACCUUUUCACGUACAUGGCGGAUAAGCCGAAGCUGCAGAAUUCGUUCCAGACGUUCUUCGAAGCAGAUCGCGGGAGCCGGCCGAGCUGGGUGGACUGGUUUCCGGUGAAGGAGAGGCUGCUAGAUGAUGCGACGAAGCCUGUCAGGGAGGAUGAUAUACUGUAUGUGGAUGUUGCGGGAGGCAGAGGGCAUGAUCUUCUCGCUUUCAAGCAGAAGUUCUCUGAGUACCCUGGCCGAUAUGUACUGCAUGAUCUCCCGCAUGUUGUGAAUGAUAAGACACUUUCGCUGGGAGAGGGAGUGGAGAAGAAGCAAUUCAACUUCUUCCAGGACCAGGUGAUGCCAGGUGCCCGCCUCUACUACAUGAAGUUCAUCAUGCACGACUGGUCAGACGAGAGAUGCCUCAUCAUCCUGAAGAACGUGACCUCAGUUAUGAGGAAGGGAUACUCAAACCUCAUCAUCGAGGACUUCAUUCUUCCACCGACAGGAUGCCCGCUAUUGCCGGCUAUGUGGGAUAUGGAAAUGAUGGCGAUGUUAUCGGCAAUGGAGAGAUCAGAGAUUCAAUGGCGGGAGCUUUUGAGCAAGGCAGGCUUGGAGAUAGAAGGAUUUUAUCCUCCACCCGGGGAUGGGACGGGAAUAAUCGUAACCAGCCUUAAGGAAUGAGUGGGAGUGACGUAUACAUCAAGUGCAUUGAAACAAUGGAUGAAGUAGGGAAUGUUGGGCUAAACCGCGCUCAGUGGUUCGUAUUCGGCGCAACACCAGUAAAUGCUCUUUGCGGGCUGCCCGCUUGCGUUGCGUUUCCCAUGUGCACUCCUUUUCGAGUCUACAAAUCAAUCCGGCAGGCUCCUUAUUCCCUCAUUCCUGGAUGAUUAUAUCUGGUAGACGACGCCCUCGGUUCAUCAACGGAUGCCCAAGAGUCGCUUCCAGCAGUACAAUC